AUGUCUCUGAAACAGGAAAUCGAAACCUGGGUGGCAGCCCUCGCCAGCUACGACAACAACGAAUUCGACGUGGCACUGAAGGUCUUUGAGCAGAUCUCCGACACAUCCAAGAUUCUGUUUAAUUGCGGCGUAAUCCAUGCUACCCUCGGUGAGCACGAGAAGGCGGUCGAAUGCUACCAGCGCGCUGUGCGUCUGGACCAGUAUCUCGCAGUCGCAUACUUCCAGCAGGGUGUGUCCAACUUCCUCAUGGGCGACUUUGAGGAGGCCCUUGCCAACUUCAACGACACUCUCUUGUACCUGCGUGGAAACAACAACAUCGACUACGAACAGCUGGGCCUAAAGUUCAAGCUCUACUCUUGUGAGGUCUUGUUCAACCGUGGUCUCUGCUACAUCUACCUCCAACAGAGGGAUGCCGGUCUGCAGGAUCUUUCCUUUGCUGCCAAGGAGAAGGUGGUUCCAGACCACGAUGUAAUUGAUGAGGCAAUUCGAGAGGAAGCCGAGGGCUACACCGUCUUCUCUAUUCCUGUUGGCAUCGUCUACCGCCCGAACGAGGCAAAGGUCAAGAACUUGAAGACAAAGGACUACCUUGGAAAGGCCCGCCUUGUUGCCGCAUCAGACCGAUCCAACGCAUUUACCGGCUUUGCUGGUGCUGAGAUUAAGAAGGGAGGCCAGGCUGCAAAGGACGACAGAACCGAAGACAAGAUUUCCUACGCGGCAACCAACCUUGUCAAGCCAGAGCUCCAAAGCCGAGCACGCCAGCAGUCGGAACCCCCGAUGAACCGUAAUGUAUUCCCACCCACACCGCCACCGGAGGCGGAUAGGCGAUCUGGUGAAAGGAGAUCUGCUGGAGCACGACCUGCAGCUGAUCCCAACGCCCCAAUGAGCCGCGCACAAUCUGUACGAGGUGGCGGGCCCAAGCCCCAGCCUUUGAAUCUUGGACGAGCUGCUUUCGACCAGCCAAGCAGCCAAGAGCCGCCCCGCCGCCAGCCAACACAGCGCUCUGCAUCGGAGCGACCGCCACCAGCUCGCUCAGAGUCUACACGUGAGCGGGGACAGCGCGAUACGCGGGAACGAGACCUUCGUGAUCGUGACACACGCGAUCGUGAAUACAGCAGGCAGCAGCGCCGCCGUGGCUCGGACGAAGACAUCAUCGAUGACUACUACGAGGAUGAUGGUUAUGCACCAUCGCGUUCAAGCCGCGGCCAAUACUCCCGUACAAAGUCGACCAGAAGACCAGCCUACAUUGAAGAGGAGGAGGAAGACGACUACGAUGGCAGUGAUCUUGACGAUGCCGAGUUUGAAAUGAUGCCCCGCACCAAAUCAAGGAGACGAUCACCGGCGAGGUCCACCAGAUCCGGUGGUAGCAACCGCGGUGCAGGUAGCAAGAUCAGAGUGAAGGUUCACUCCACUGACACACGCUACGUCUUCAUCAGCUCAGACCAACUCAUCAGCGAAUUCUGGCAACAAAUUCGGGAGAAGUUUGGUGUCCGGAACAAGUUCAAGCUCGAGUUCAAGGACGAUGGUGACAUGAUUACCAUGGCUGAUCAAGAUGAUCUGGAUAUGGCUAUCCAGGCGGCGAAGAGCAUUGCCAAAAAGGAAGGCUCCGAUGUUGCGAAGAUGGAGGUUUGGGUUAGAGAAGUAUAG